GGGUUGAAUUUUUUAAUCGAUAUGGAUUAGAAAUUUUGAGAAAAAAAGGCAUUAAAGAGGAACUAUUUAUAAAAAACUAUCUAGAUUAUAUUCCGAUUAUUAUCAAGUUUCGUUUCUUGCCCCAGUUAAUAGUAUACGUACAUCGGUGUUUGAAAGAAUGGCAAGUUUUAGUUAUAUCACAGAGCUUAGCCGGUAGUAGUUAGUUUCAGAAUAUUGACCGUAGUGACUGAAAAUCUGCAAUAAUCGUGAAGUUUUAUGUGAAAUAGAGUAAAUAAAUAUAUUUCCUGCGACUAUUUACUUUGCAAACAAGACGCGGAAGCAAUUAUUGUUACAAAAUACGCUUAAAAACAUUCUAAAUGAUCGAUCGUGAUUAUUUUUUUCUGCUUGAUUAAACUAUAGUUUCUGUAUCCGUAAGUGGGUUAGCAAUGGAAGACACAGUAAAAGAGCCGCUUUUAGUGGAAGUGACUGUGAAACCUGAACCUAUGGACACUGAGGAACCAGAAGAUAGUGAAAAUAGUGGAAAAAAACAAUCUACUGCAGUCAAAGAGGAAGAAGUGUGGAUAAAACCGGAGCCAAUUGAGAUUGAACCUCAAAAUUCUGAUGAGAAAGAGGAUCAGGAGACAGAAUCUGAAUCUGACAGCAGUACUGAUGAAGAUGAAGACAAGAAUGAGACCAAAGAUCCGAAGUCAAAAUCUCCUAAAAAGUCGCUGAAGAAGAAAUUGCACGAAGAAGUCAAAUUGGAGAAUGAUGUCAAGGAAGAACAUGGGAAGUCUUCUGAGAAACCAGACAAAAAGGAUGAAAAGAAAACCACUGAAAAUAGCGAUGAGAAGCAAGCCGAAAAUACUCAACCUAAAAUGGAAACCCCCCUAAUGUACUCCUACGAGGUGACAAAAAACAUAGAAAUAGUUACCAUCAACGAAGAAGAACGGCAGAAGGAGUACGAGGAAACCCUGAAGACUCGACAGCAUAUGCGGCACGUGUGCGAACACUGCGCCGUCGGCUUCGUGCUCAAGCAUGCCUAUGAUGUGCAUAUGAAGGUCCACUCGCCUGCUUCAGGUGACCACGAAUGCCUAAUCUGCCACUCGCGUCUGAAAACAGCGGACAUGUUAUACCGUCACCGUCUACGUCACUACCGCCGGUACCGCUGUCUACUGUGCUGGACGCGGUUCAAGGACAAAGAUACGGCCGCGUGCCAUGUCAUGAACGAUCAUACGGGGGAGACUUUUGAGUGCGAUCAUUGUGGACGGGGGUUUAAACGUCCUCAAUACCUGAAGCGGCACGUGGAACAGUACCACACGAAGCCGCACCGGCUUGUAUGCGGCGUCUGCUUCCGAGUGUUCCACGAGCGAGGCUGGUACAGGUCUCAUAUCAGAACACACAAUGAAGAAGUGCGAGCCAAAACAGUCAGACUGCCUGCUACCUGUGAGAUCUGCUCCCGUGACUAUAAGAACAAGGCCAGCUUGAAACGUCAUUUGCUCACUCACGACGAAGACGUACACUGUGACAUCUGUUACGAGAAGUGUAAGAAUAGGAUCACUUUAGGCAGACAUUAUUUGAAGGUGCAUAAUGAGAAGUAUGUUGGCACGGACGAGGAGACGUGUCCGCUGUGCUCGCGCGUGUGCGCGACGCGCGCGAUGCUCAAGCGGCACGUGCAGCGCAUGCACGAGGACAGGACCAAGAAAUACCAAUGCGACUACUGCCAGCGUCUAUACCUAACCAAAGGCGAGGUCCGGUCCCACAUAACCUGGUCACACAUGCCCGGGUCCCGCGGGCAUACGUGCGCGUGUGGCCGGGUGUUCCGCACCCCCUCGCUGCUCCGCGACCAUACGGCGAGGUUCCACGCGGCUGAACCGCCUCCCAGGGUGCAUCAGUGUGAUGUCUGUGAGAAGGCUUUUGCGAACAAGCAAGUUCUAAACCGCCACAAGAAGAGUCAUUCAAACGAGAUGUAUCCUUGCAACGAAUGUGGAUUACUCUUCAAAACUCAGCCUUACGUGAAAGUGCAUUACCAGCUAAAACAUCUCAACAUGACUCGAGCGGAAAUCAACGCCCAAAGGAAAGCGAACAGAAACAAACCUAUUCACACUAACAUACAUAAGACCACGAAUUGGGAACCGCCCAUUUCGAAAAAGAAGAGUACAACUGCAAUUGAGAAGGCAGAAGACCCUCUUUUGGUAAAAGAGAGUGAGAUUCAGAUCAAAGUUGAGAGGGAAGAUGACCUUCAAGUCCCAACCUUUCAGACUUUUGUUGAUAUUUCUCGGAAUAGCGAUUGAGCCAAAGCUUGUAGUAGAUAAUUUUUAAAAGAGUAGAUUUGUCUGAUAGAAUGUUGCAGGUCAACGCUUGAAGAAACCCAGUGCAUAAAUUACAGAUUUCUUCAAACUUAAUUUAGUUUGUCAUCAAAAUAAGGAUGAAAACUAUCAGCCAACCUUACCUUCAAAUCUCCUUGAAACUAACUGCCCUGGGGCCCGAUUCUACUAAGUUAAUAAUGUCAAAAUCGAAUAGAAAUCGAAUCGCAAUAUGAUCGUAAUAGCAGUUUUAACCAUAUCGGGCAUUCUGCUACUAAUAAAAGACCAAUCGUAUUCGAUUGACAUUUGAUUGGUUUGCGAUUGGUCUGCUAUUUUGGUGAUUUUGGUCUAUACGGUAGUUUGCUCUACAAUCAUAUUGCAAUAGUUAAUCAUUUGCAGACAAAAUGAUUCAUUAUUGAAAGACAGAAAAGGAUAUAAAUCGUUUAUUUCAAAGAAAAAAUAGCCGAAUGCCACAUACGUUUCAAUCGUAAUCGAGUCGGGAUUGGAUCGCAGUCGAACGUGAAUCGUAUGUUGCUUGUAAAAUUAGGAGAAUCGUGCCCCUGUUGUGUGACUGUCGUGCACGAGGUCGCGGGUUCGAUCCUUGGGUCUUGCCUAAAUCGCUUUGUGGGUCUUAGAAACUUUCACAAAGUCCAGGGUCUGAAAGUUGACGGUGUUACACCCCCGUGCCUUGGAGGGCACGUGACGCCGGCGUCCCCGAAUGCUACUCAGUAGCAGUCGUUGUUACAUACCCACGUCAGAGGCCGUCAGGCGGGUUUGAGUAAACUCGGACUCUGGGGCUUGUUAAGGUAUUAAACCUACAUGUCACUCGAUAAUAAAACCGUAAAACUAAAUAGUCAAAAGCAUUUAACUAGCUAGUUUUCAACGUAACCUAUUAUAAAAUUACCCUCCGCACGAAACCCAUCAAAUCCAUACUUUAUGUUGUACAUCCAUAGAUUAUAAUUAUUCCCUCUGAAACCAAGAUCAGAAUUUGUUAUUAUAUUUUUGUUAUGUUGUACAAUCAAUUUUUUUAUUAUUAAAUAGAAGCAUGGUGGUUAAAACCAUCUUCUGUUUAUAAGAAGCUACGUAAGCCGAUUAAAUAGCCAGAAACUCUCCAGGGUAGAAUUUAGAAGCUUUAUAGUUAUAGCAAAUUUUUAAACUUAGGUAUACUCCAUUUGGCUAGACACUUAAAAAAAGGUAAGUAAUCAAUCUUGAUACUUUUUUACACAAAUACAUAUUAAACAAAUGAACUACUAAUUAAAAUAAUGAGUCAAUUUAAUAAGUAAUCGUCAAUGUAUUUACACUGUUUUAAGCCGCAUUUAUUUUUAAACUAUAUUUUGAAAAUAUCAAGUAUCAAGGUUGUUUAUCUUUAGUGCCUACUUAAACGGAGUAUUGAUAUCUUCAGCAAGAGGUUAAAAUGACCUUGUUAAUAUAAUACAGCAAUCUAGGAAGAUAAUUUAAUAAGUAGGUAUAAGUUUAUUGAAAUGAAAUAUAAAUAAAAUACAGAUUAAUUUCUGUUUGUUUAUACACCUGAGCAGUGAUACGAAUAUUUAUAAUAAUAUUUUGUAAUUAGAUAAUGGCUGUCUGGAUAAGAUUGUAAUUAAGUGACUUGCUGAAUCAGAUUGCCACAUAUGUUAGGUAGUUAUGUGCAAUACGACAAUUUCAACUGUAUCACACAUAGAUCAACUAUUAUACUACAAUUUCAACUGUAUUACGACAAUUUCAACUGUAUCACGACAAUUUUAACUGUUAUACUACAAUUUUAUCUGUAAUACGACAAUUUUAACUGUAUCGCGACAAUUUUAACUGUAUUACGUCAAUUUUAACUGUAUCACGACAAUUUCAACUGUAUUACGAUAAUUUCAUCUGUUAUAGGUACGACAACUUCAACUCAUAUACAACAAACUGAUCAAGUGAUGAUUUUUCAUAGUUCUGGCAAUUUUAUAUAAUUCAUCAUACUCCGAGCCUUUUUCCCAACUAUGUUGGGGUCGGCUUCCAGUCUAACCGGAUGUAGCAGAGUACCAGUGCUUUACAAGGGGCGAUUUUAGCGAAUUUUAUAUAAAUGUAGGUCAUUUAAAAAAAUAUCCAGACAGCCUGGCUUUAGAUAACAUAGUGUUCCUAUUACGAGUAUUAAGUAGCUUCUAGUAAUUUAUUUGUACUAAUUGUUUAUAUGUUCGUAAAGUUAAGUGAUCUCUCACAUGGAUUCUAGUUGUAAUUCUUGUUUUCAAUAAAAUAAGGCAUGAUUUCUGAUUGUU